GCGAGUCACCCAAGGAAAACCCAUAUGAGGAUGUGGAGCUGAAAGGCCGUCACGCGGGCCGAAAAUCCCAUCAGCUUUCCGAGAAUUCCCUAGAUUCUUUGCACAGGAUGUGGACGCCGCAGGACAGGAAAUACACAUCACCUCCCCAGCUGCCUUCGAAGCCCAGCAGCCAGUCUCUGCGCAUUGGGAACUGGUCAGAAAGGAAGAGCCACCGCUUACCACGGCUGCCCAAGCGGCACAGCCACGAUGAUAUGCUGCUGCUGGCUCAGCUUGGCAUUCCCUCCUCCCCUUCCAGCCUCAAUGAGGACAGCCUGAGUACCACAAGCGAGCUGCUCUCUACACGGCGGGCCAGGAGGAUCCCAAAGCUUGUCCAAAGAAUCAAUUCCAUCUACAGUGCAAAAAGGGGAAAGAAGCGGCUGAAGAAACUUUCUAUGUCCAAUAUUGAGACAGCGUCCCUACGAGAUGAGAACAGCGAGAGUGAGAGUGACUCAGAUGACAGGUUUAAAGCUCAUACCCAGCGUCUAGUACACAUCCAGUCAAUGCUGAAGAGGGCUCCAAGUUAUCGAACCCUGGAACUGGAGCUGAUUGAAUGGCAGGAACGGGAGUUAUUUGAGUAUUUUGUGGUAGUGUCCCUGAAAAAGAAGCCCUCUAAAAACACUUACCUCCCAGAAGUGACGUAUCAGUUUCCCAAGCUAGAACGACCAACCAAGCAAAUGCGUGAAGCAGAGGAACGUCUCAAGGCUAUCCCUCAGUUCUGCUUUCCUGAUGCCAAGGACUGGCUCCCUGUCUCAGAAUACAACAGUGAGACCUUCUCUUUCAUGCUGACGGGGGAAGAUGGGAGCCGGCGGUUUGGUUAUUGCAGGAGGUUGUUGCCAAGUGGAAAAGGCCCACGCCUACCUGAAGUUUAUUGUGUCAUCAGCCGGUUGGGGUGCUUUGACUUAUUUUCCAAGAUCCUGGAUGAGGUUGAAAGGAGAAGGGGAAUAUCUGCUGCCUUGGUUUAUCCCUUUAUGAGGAGUCUGAUGGAAUCUCCUUUUCCUGCACCUGGAAAGACAAUCAAAGUCAAAACAUUUCUGCCUGGAGCUGGAAAUGAGGUCAUUGAGCUGCGGCGACCCAUGGACUCACGCCUGGAACAUGUGGACUUUGAAUGCCUUUUCAAGUGCCUCAGCGUUCGUCAGAUCAUCAGGAUCUUUGCUUCUCUCCUGUUGGAGCGGCGUGUAAUUUUUGUAGCAGAUAAGCUCAG